AUGGCUGUCGACGUUUUCUCCGUGCCCGUGUUUCUAGUCGUCUUCAGAGAGUCGCUGGAGACCGUCAUCAUCGUCUCGGUUCUGCUCGCGUUCCUCAAACAGACACUCGACGGGCCCAACAGAGAUCUGGCCGUGUACAAAUCCUUGCGUAGACAGGUUUGGCUCGGCACGGGAAUCGGGUUCCUAAUAUGCCUGAUCGCCGCGGCUGCCGUCAUCGGCGUCUUCUACAAGCUCGGCCGUAACAGCUGGGAGUCACACGAGCUGUAUUACGAAGGCGCCUUCUCCCUCGUUGCCGCCAUCAUCAUCACCAUCAUGGGUGCUGCCCUCCUGCGCAUCGGCAAGAUGCAGGAGAAGUGGCGCGUUAAGCUCGCAAAGGCCAUGGAGACUCCCGUCAAGACCGGCGUCGGCCGGGGAUGGCUAAAGCACUUCGCCGAGAAGUAUGCCAUGUUCAUCCUCCCUUUCAUCACUGUUCUUCGGGAAGGUAUCGAGGCUAUCGUCUUCGUCGCCGGCGUCUCCUUCUCCGCCCCGGCGAGCGCCGUGCCGCUUCCGGCGGUUGUUGGCUUGCUUGUCGGUGCUUUCGUCGGUUAUCUCCUGUACAAGGGCGGCUCUACCGCCAAGCUGCAAGUCUUCCUUGUCGUCUCGACGUGUCUCCUGUAUCUCGUGGCGGCCGGCCUCUUCUCCAGAGCAGUUUGGGAUUUCGAACAGCAAGAGUGGAACAAUGUUGUCGGCGGCGACGCUGCAGAGCUCGGGAAUGGCCCGGGCUCGUAUGACAUUGACAAAAGCGUCUGGCAUGUCAACUGUUGCAGCCCGGAUCUGAACGGCGGCGGCGGUUGGGGCAUCUUCAAUGCCGUCUUCGGCUGGACGAAUUCCGCGACGUACGGCUCCGUCAUCGCCUACAACGUCUACUGGAUCUUCGUCAUCGCAUGCUUCUUCCUCAUGAGAUUCCGCGAGAACACAGGCCGCUGGCCGCUGACGAAACCCAAAGCUUUCCCAGAGGGCGACAGACGCGUUUCUGAUGACCACAGCGGGAGCGAGGAACAAACUGGAACGUCUGAAAAAGACAAGGGCGCAGCUGCCACGAAGACUUUCACCACUUCUUCUUGA